AACGCAUGCUGGGAAGCAGGCGGCUACCGAGAUCAGCGAAGUAUGCUGGGAACGGCGCUGCAUGCUGGGAUAGGUAGUUGGCCGAGCGACCUAAACCAGAGCUUCCUGUGGUCCCCUAGACGUCGAGCUCACGCGACUAAGCUGUGCCGUCCUGAGAAUAAAGCAUACCGAUUUAUCAGGUUAGCGCCGGCGGGGAAGAAACAGAGGCGACGACCUCUCGCGAGAGCAGAACCUGAGCGUCCAGCACCCCCCCCCCCCCGACCCGGAGCCGAAGCGCGUGCGCGAUUAGGCAGCUGUGUCACAUGACCUGGGAACAGCGCCUGGUUGGCUGCUGACGGGUUACCGGGACAACGGAGCUUGCGGCGCCGGGCGGGUCAGCACCAGUAGGUCUCGCGGGCUGAGCUGACCAGGUUUGCAGCGACGACGGUCACGCACUCGCUCCCGGGCGGCGACCGAGUCCACAAGCAGCAGAUGGGAGCCCAGGGCGCCGAAGAUGCAGGCGGUCCGGGCCGAGACGGCGGCGCGGGAGCUCUUCCGGGACGCCGCAUUCCCCGCCUCGGACUCCUCGCUCUUUUUCAACUUGUCCACGCCUCUGGCCCAGUUUCGGGAGGACAUCACUUGGAGACGGCCCCAGGAAAUUUGUGCCACACCUCAGCUGUUUGCAGAUAACCCAUGGGAAGGACAGGUGAAGCAAGGGCUGCUGGGGGAUUGCUGGUUCCUGUGUGCCUGCGCUGCCCUGCAGAAGAGUCAACACCUCCUGGACCAGGUCUUCCCUCCAGGACAGCCAAGCUGGUCUGACCAGAAGUACCAAGGUUUCUUCACCUGUCGAAUUUGGCAGUUUGGACACUGGGAGGAGGUGACCAUAGAUGACCGCCUGCCUUGCCUUGCUGGGAGACUCUGCUUCUCCCGGUGCCAGAGAGAGGAUGUGUUCUGGCUUCCCUUACUGGAAAAGGCCUAUGCUAAGGUCCAUGGAUCCUAUGAGCACCUGUGGGCAGGGCAGGUGGCAGAUGCCUUGGUGGAUCUCACUGGAAGCCUGGCAGAAAGGUGGAGCCUGAAAGACAUAGUGGGAGCCAGUGGCCAGCAGGACAGACCCAGUGGCGGGGAGCAAAGGACUUGUCGGCAGCUGCUCCGCCUGAAGGACCAGUGUGUGAUCAGCUGCUCUGUGCUCAGCCCCAGAGCAGGUGCCCGGGAGCUCGGGGAGUUCCAUGCCUUCAUCAUCUCAGAUCUUCGGGAGCUGUGGAGUCAGACUGGCCGGGGCAUCCUCCUGCUGCGGAUUCACAACCCUUGGGGCCGACGUUGUUGGCAGGGCCUCUGGAGAGAGGGGGGUGAAGGGUGGAACCAGGUAGAGCCAGCUGAGGAGUCUGAGCUGCUGGCACUACUCCAGGAAGGCGAGUUCUGGGUGGAGGAAGAGGAGUUCCUCAGGGAAUUUGACGAGGUCACCAUUGGCUACCCAGUCACAGCAGCUGGCCACCUACAGAGUCUCUACACAGAGAAGGUGCUGUGUCACACACGGGCACUGCCUGGCGCCUGGGUCAUAGGGCAGUCAGCUGGAGGCUGCCGGAACAACAGUUGCUUUCCCUGCAACCCCAAGUUCUGGUUACGGCUCUUGGAACCCAGUGAGGUGUGUGUGGCUGUCCUUCAGAGACCCCGGAGGUGCUUAGUGGGCCAGACCCGGGCACUGGUGGGUGCCAGUCCUGCAACGGUGAAUCUCCCAGGCAAGGACUACCAGGCUGUGGGCCUGCACAUCUGGAAGGUAGAGAAGCGGAAGGUCAGCCUGCCCAGAGUCCUGUCUUCACCACCUGUGGCUGGUACUGCAUGCCAUGCCUAUGACCGUGAGGUCCACUUGCGCUGUGACCUCUCCCCGGGCUACUACCUGGCCGUCCCUAGCACCUUCUUGAAGGAUGUGCCAGGGCAGUUCUUACUCCGGGUCUUCUCCACAGGGAAGAUCUCCCUCAGCGCCGUCAGGCCAGCCACCAAGGGUACAAAGUCACCUGGAACAGCCCUGCCUGCAGGCGAGUGGGAGACCGUGCAGCUGCGGGGCUGCUGGAAGGCUGGCCAGACAGCCGGGGGCAGCAGGAACUUUGCCUCUUACCCCUGCAACCCCUGCCUCCCCUUCUCUGUUCCUGAGGGUGCUGGUCCCCGCUACAUCCGCAUCACCCUGCACCAACACUGCCGACUGGGUGACAGCCAGCUCCACCCCAUUGGUUUCCAUAUCUUUCAGGUUCCUGCAGAUGGUGAGAACCAGAAUGCAUGUUCUCUGCUGCUCCAGGAGCCACUGCUAAGCUGCGUACCACAUCGCUAUGCUCAGGAAGUGAGCCGCCUCUGCCUCCUGUCAGUGGGGACCUACAGGGUUGUGCCCUCCACCUACCUGCCAGAUACAGAGGGUACUUUCACGGUGACCAUAGCAACCAGAAUAGACAGGCAGUCCAUUCACAGCCAGGAGAUGCUGGGCCAGCUACUCCAAGAGGUCUCCUUCAUGGCCGUGAUGAAAGCCUGACUGAGCAGCUGUGGAGCUUUCUGUGGCCAGGAGCAGCCACGCUCCCUGCGCUCAGCAUCUGGGCACAUCUCCAGCCGGUCGUGAGCCUGGGCUUCUCAGCAGCUCUGAGGGCUGGCUGUGGAUCCUCAGGUGAAAGUAGGGUGCUUUGUCCUGGACAUCUUGGGGUCCAAUGGGUGCUGCAGGGUAGGGCUAGACUCCCAGAUGACAUCUUCAUUCCUCAGUGAAGACCAGGAGACCUGGAAGCCAGGCCUAUUGUGGAAGGCUCUGCAGAAUCCUCAUACCCUUCUUGACUUUGGGAGCCUUACACCAGGCAGGCAGAUUGUGACAAAUGUUGAAAACUAUUUAUUACUUGAAAUAUUUUUAGGAUAUGACUUUGUAAAUAAAUCUGAGUAAUUUAUGAA